AUGCCUAACCCGAUGACUCUACAGGAAGAAUCAGACCACUUCUCCCCAUACCGAACAGACGGGAAGCUCUAUGGCUUCGUCUGCGUGGUCACCGGCGCAAACAUGCCAGUUGGAGCGGCCAUCGUGACAGAACUGGCCGCACACGGGGCAGCAUGUAUAUAUGCCUGCGCCGCCACCGACCAACCGUCUAAUAUCCAAGCGGACUUGUCUAAACUCUACCCAAACACGAAGGUCAUCUCCUACCCUUACUCGAUCUCCUCCGAACAAGACACGCUCGUCCUCAUCGAUGAAGCUCUAAACGCUUGGGGCCGCCUCGAUGUCUGGGUCUGUUCCUCUGGCCUGCUGGGCCCGCCGUCGAUAGACCAGACAACGCCGCAAGAUCUGCAGAAGUGCUUCGAGGCCAACAGUCUGGCGCCGUUCUUCGCCUUGAAAUAUGCCCCCCACGCGAUGCAGAAGACCACGUCCAAGGGGAACUAUCCCAACGCGGCACCGAAAGACCAACGGUAUGGAAGCAUUAUUGUGGUGACAUCCACGGCGAGCACGUAUGGGGGAUGUUGGGGACCGUGCUUCACCAUGAGUUGCCACGCUGCCAUGGGCGUCGUCCGCUCCGGUGUCGCAGUCCUAAAGGGGACCGGUGUGCGCAUCAAUGCCAUUUCCCCCGGACAGAUUGAUGUGGGAGUUAGCCUCAAUGGACUCGACACAAAAAGUACCUUGAUGGGAUACAACACUCAAUUACCUCCUGCAGCUCUCCAAAGUCCGGCAGCGCAGAAAAACAACAUUGGACUCGAAAGGGCGGGGACCCCAGCAGAGGUUGGAAGGGUUGCCGGCUUCUUGGCCUCGGGGUUUAGCAGCUACAUCACAGGGGCGAACAUGAUCGUGGAUGGAGGAGCCAGUGUCAUGUGUCCAUUGAUGGUGCCCAUAUAG